CAGAGCGAGGUGGUGUUGCUGAAGAAGAAGACCAUCACUAUUUGGUUGCGGGUAAUAUAUAUACAUACAUAUAUUUUUAAAAAUGUACUAAAUUAAUGCAAGCCAGACUAAUGGACCGACUGAUUUGCACUGUUUGAUAGCUGUAAUUAGGAAAUCUUCGCACUCGUUAUUGCAUCAGUCUGAUCAACUUGUUUUUCCAGCAUUAUUCGGCUGCUUUACAAACUAGCACUUAAACUUCAAUAGCUUGCGUGGCUAGCCCAUUAGCCUACUUUCCUAGCCGUAAAUGAUUUGUGUUUAAGAAUUUCAAGUUUUUAAAAAGUAAGUAACGUGUUGUAAAGCGUUAACUGAAAGUUUCGCCAAGUGCCAAAACUACUUCUGACUGGUGUAAGUUAUGCGAGUGGCUGCCGAACCUGUCGGAGCUAGUCCUGAACUUACUUGAGCAAUAACCCGACAAACUAGUUAGGGGAGUUUUGUGCACCGUGUCCUGGGUCCAAACCGUACAACUUCUAAACAGAAUGCGACUGAUAAGGGACCGCUUGAAAUAAUCCCCGCUCCGUUAUCAGCCGGGCUUUAAAUUGGACCGAGCACUUCUAGCGUGCGGCCUGCUGGUCAGGCUUUCGCCGCGUUAAAUUUUGAGCUCACGCCGCUGUGGAGCGCGCUCAGUCCGGCUGCCUGCUUCAAUCACACUCCGGCCCGCCAACGAGCCAUGGAGAGAAUGGAAGUUGACCAGUGCGCAGGCGCAGCUGGAGGGAACGGGGGCGGGGCUUUACGGAGGUCCAACAGCGCCCCCAUGAUCACUAACGUCAGUGAUGGAAUGACAGUGUUCAGCUCAAACACGUCGGCCCGGUAUCGUCGGAGCAGCGUCUCCGUAAACCCAAGCUGCCCCUCUAGAACCCUGCCUUUUUCUCCAUUCUCCUUGUGCAGCGAGAGACCAGAUCCCAGGCGGCAGAUGGAGAACAUGGAACUUACUCUCAGAGGGAGUUUACAGAGAUUAAGUGCCUCAGCUACAGUCCCUUCACCUCCUGGAACUCACUGGCACGGGCAUCUAUCACCAGAUUUCCAUUCCCAAGACUCCGGAGUUACUCCUAAUUCCUCUCCCAGUCCAACAAGAAGGUUCAGGGGGGGGUCAGUGAGUUCUUCUGUGAGAUGGCCAGUGGUUGCACCUUUAAAAAGGAAAGGUGGGGUGGAAUCCGACGGUCCGCCUAAAAAGCUCUUUGUUGCUGGAGUUACAGAUCCUGCCCACAUAACUAGUUGCACUGUCAGUGUUUCCCAGUCAGUCGACUCUCCGUCAAGCACUAUAGCUGUAUGUCCAAGCCCUCAGAACAUCGCACUCUCGCUUUCUCCUCCCUCCCCGUUUACAUCCCAACACCCCAGCAUUUAACCUCGGAGUAAGGAGAAGGUAACCACGUCCUGAGAUCAGCUCUCCAUCUCCGUACUCAGUGCUUUAAGGAAUGUAUUCAGUUCCACGUUAUUAGCAAGAAUCACCUUUCUGAGUGACUUUCACAAAGGUUUCCAUGUUAAAUGACUGAAGAUGGAAAAUAUUUACAUCUGACUUGUUAAUAGUUCAUUUGCACCUGGAUUUAACACUCAGCAGUUGUGUUCAUAAUCAGUGUUUGUGAUCGCAAUCUUCAGUCCUCAGUUCGACUUAAGGAUUGGCUGGGAGUAUGCAGAUCGACAAAUCAAACUUGCUCUUUCCUGGAUUUUAGUUUUCAGCAGACUGAGAACAUGCUUUUCAAUCUCGUCCACAGUUAUUGAGGUCCCCCCCCCCCC